AUGAUAGGCUCCGUCGAAUGGGACUCGGCAGAAGAGCGCGGCCGCGGCAGACACCAACGCAAGGCCUCCAUCAUCCACGGCUGGGUCGUGAAGAUGCGGGGCACCUUCUUUGGCAGCGAGGCCACCCGCCGCGCAGGCAUCCGCGAGAUGCGCGACGCCCACGCGAUCCGCCGCUACAAGAAGGAGCACCCCGAGCGGUUCCGCGGCGGCGGCGGCGGACGCAUCUUCUGGAUCUUCCCCCGCCGCGCCCCGCGCCACGAGAACGGGCACGGGCACCACGAGCGUAGUCGCAGCCGCGGCCACGGCCACCACGACGGACGCCACCACAGCAGCGACCGGCAUCACCACGACCGGCCCCACCGCUCGCACUCGCAUGCGUACCACGGCGAGGCGCACCGAGGGCAGUUCUUGCACUUCCCUCAUCGGGUCAAGCCGCAUCAUCAUGGCGUUGGUACGUGGCUUGCGGGCAUCUUUUCUGGCCGGCGCCAUCUCAAGGAUAAGGGACGGCACAUCAGGGAGCGUGCGGAGAAGGAGAGACGGAGGGAAAGGCGCAGGCGCAGGCGGCAGAGGAGGGACGAAGGGCUCGCGCUGAAGAUAGACGGGACGAUUAACAAGAACCGUUGGUGGCAUCGGUGA